UUGUGGGAGACAAGUGUUUUGAUGAUCAAAGAUGGCGGCACUUCCGCAGAAGAAGUAUUACCGGCAAAGAGCUCAUGCAAAUCCCAUGGCCGAUCACACUCUUGAAUAUCCUGUAUCUCCAGAUGCAAUGGAUUGGAGAGCUCUAUUUCCGGCUUUCUUUCAUGAAAAAGGUGAUAAUGGAGCACAUGCAGUCAGGAAAACCUCAAGAGUUGAAUUUGCAGACAUUGGAUGUGGAUAUGGUGGCUUAUUAGUGGAUUUAUCUCCCAUGUUUCCAGAUACACUAAUGGUUGGAAUGGAAAUAAGACUGAAGGUCAGUGACUAUGUGAGUGAUAGAGUGAUGGCAUUAAGAGAAGCAAAUCCAGGGCAAUACCAGAAUGUUCAUGUUAUCAGGACAAAUGCCAUGAAGUACCUGCCCAAUUAUUUUCACAAGGGUCAGCUCAAAAAAAUGUUCUUCCUGUUUCCUGAUCCUCAUUUCAAGCAAAAGAAACAUAAGUGGAGGAUAAUAAGCCCUACAUUACUAGCUGAGUACGCAUACGUUUUAGCAGAAGGGGGUCUUGUUUACACCAUAACUGAUGUUCCUGACCUGUGUGACUGGAUGAAGAAGCAUUUCAUGGAACACCCGUUGUUUGAGGCAGUCAGUGAUGAUGAGCUGGCGCAGGACCCCGUCCUGGAAAAACUAUACCAAAGCACAGAAGAAGGACAUAAAGUUACUAGGAACAAAGGAAUCAAACUAGUGGCUGUAUUCCGACGGAUAAAAGAUCCAUACGUGACGUAACCAGGGCAAUGCCUCCCUAACAUAAAUUAACCCCAAUUGCCAAGUCCUACGCGGUUAGGAAGCGGUUAUGACGCGGUUAGUCGUUUGUCUUGUAGGCUCCCGAGCCUGCCCGUAUAGCUUUGUAAUGAGGAGAAAUAGAUGGUGUUUCAGAUUGAUUGCGAAGUAGGAACAGUGUCAGGGAAGCUGUUUGAGUAGAGAGAAUGAUGAAAGUCGUCGAAGCCGUGAUCUUAUGAUUGACGGCCUCUGUCGGACUCUAUCAUCGCUGCUUUCUAUUAUAAUUGUCAUUAACUUCUUUCCGCGAUUGUUCGAAGAGUAGGCAACGCUGUCUUUAGAUAAAUCUCCAUCCGGCGGAUGGCACAGUACGUGUUGUUAACACAUCCUUUGGAUAGUGAUUUACCUGUUGGAUAGAAUUAUCUACACUUUGAACAACUGGGCCAGUGUGUGAAGAAAGGUCAAACCACAGUGAGAACGACUGGAACUUCCUUUUCAACAUUAUUAAUGUCCUUUUUAUUUUUAGUUUAAAUGAUUUUGGUGGCGUUGUUUUUGCUGUUUUUGGAAUUCAUUCCUUGUGCCUCUUUUUUAUCCCGAGCUCCUUCGCGGGUUUUACAAACUUGCGAAGUUUAAAUGAGGGUCUCCUGGUUGAAUGUUGUUUCUUUCUGAGACAGGCAGCGUCACCAGAAAGGAGUCAUUGUGUGGAAGUCUUCCUUUGGAAGUUCAUGUGCGAAAGUCUAAAUUCUUGUUACUUACCGAAUUGACAAAGGUUUCGGGACUAGACGUCAUGAUUGCGACUGAAAAGAAGAAACUGCUGCUCUGUAUGUUGUGUGUUUGAUACCUAACAGUUAUAUUACCGUCCAGCCUCGCUCACGCAAUCCUAAAGAAUACCAUAGUAAAAGCUAACGUGUGUAGCUGUAGGACCGCAUUGGUUGACCUGAUCCGAUCCGGAAAAAGCCGUUCGGCCUCGUACUCGCAUAUCUUUGCUUAUUUUUUAAAACUCUUUCCUAAAACGUAAUUUUGA